AUGUCUUAUCACCGAGUGCGGCCUUCACGCGUGUGUAUAAGUUCUGUGCGGGACGUCCCGCUGCUGUCGCUGUGUCGGGGAGCAGGACCAUGCUGUCAGCUGUUGCCAAGCUCUGCUGUGGAAUCUCUUACCCACACUCACGCAACGCAGCAGGGCUGCAGCGCGUUGCCAUGACAGCACUGGGAGAGAUACCCCUCCCAGCCUGGGCCAGUCUUCUGACGUGGCCUUGGGGCAACAGUCAUGUGGAGACGGAGGGUAUGGCAGAGGGACCGAACGCCAUGGAGAUGGACCUGUCCUACAGGCGACAGGGUUGCAGGGCGCUACGGAAAGCCCUGGAGAUCGUGCAGAGCCCAGACGGGUGGAGGACGGAACGCACCGAGGACAGUGGUGACACCAUCUAUAGUAAGGUUCUUCACGGAAACCGCAAGGUGUUCAGGUUGGAGGCGGAGCUGGAGGCGGAGCCUGAUGAGCUGUAUGAUGUGCUGUUUGUGAAGGUCGAGGAGAUGCACCAGUGGAACCCGAGCAUCCAGCACAUCAAAGUUCUCAAACACAUAGGGAAGGAAACCAUGGUAACACAUGAAGUGUCAGCAGAGAGAGCAGGGAACCUGAUUGGCCAGAGGGACUUCUUGAGUGUCAGGCAUUCGCUGAAGACAGGGACAUGCAUUUAUCUGGGCGGAGCUGCUACUCACCUGGAUGCGCUCCCCCCACAGCCAGGAUUCGUCAGAGCUGAGGAUGGUCCUACCUGCAUUGUAGUCCAGUCUCUCCCCGGAACCCCAGGAAGGAGCAGAUUUACCUGGCUCCUGAACAUGAAUGUGAAAGGUUGGCUGCCCAAAGCCCUGGUCAACCAGGGUUUGGUUCGUAGCCAGGCUGACUUCAUGGAGCACCUGAGACGGCAGCUGGCAGCGAAGGGGAGGGGCAGCGGCAAGCAGCGGGGAGGAGAGUGAGGGGGCGGAGCCACACUGCUGGGCUCAGAGCCUCACAGACUCUGCUCAUUUCAGCCAUGAUCCUUCUGGCAGACCAUCUAAAAGAGAGGAGCCCUAGGAUCCUGCAUUUCUGAACUCCAGCCUGCACUGGACAACACUGGACUGCACUGGACAACACUGGACUGCACUGGACUGCACUGGACAACACUGGACUGCACUUGACUACUCUGGACUGCAGUGAUGCGGAUUGUAAAACAGCUGUCUCCAGUGUUCAGACGCUGCUAAAGAACCAGGGCGAGUCACAUUAUGUGUUGAAUUGGGACCAAACUCUGCACAGCACUGGAAUGCUGUUGGCAUGACCCAUUAAAUGUCUGUGCACACACACACAAAAAAACAAUCAAACAAGCAAAUACAGAAACAAUAAAACACAGAAACAAGAUCAAACAAAUAAAACAAAUCAAAUCGUAUAAACUUUUAUUUUAAAAUCUCAGAAGAAAUCCAUGUUAUCAGUGCUGUGCUACUAAUCAGUCCAAGGUGAUUCUGAUCUGAUUAUACAGGUAUUACAGUGUGUGUGUCACUCUCUGCUUUAACACACUUAACCUUUGCUACGUUCUGAGCUUCUUGUGAGUUCACAUUUGCAGAUACUGCUGUUGUACGCCUGCUGACUGCCUCUAAUAAAGUCCAGAAAUUAUGGCGA